GCCAGCUGCUAUUAGUCUUUUAUUAGACUUUCUGAAACAGUAAUCAAAAAGCCCAAAGAAAAAGAAGUGAGAAGCCAUUUUCUUCCUUCAUCUUCCUGCAUUCUUUAAUCUAUCGCUGGCCAUUGUAAUAAUGAGUCCUUUUGCCAUCAUUACCAUGAAAAGCCCCUCUCUCUCCAUCUUUUUAAUUUUCUUUUCAUAUUUACAGAUACAAACACAUUUUCUCAUCUAUAUAUAACUCGCACCUUUUUUUUUUCUCUCAUGGCUUCUAUUCAAAUCGCUUCAACUUUCCCUUCUUUCUUUAUAGGUUCUUUUCUUGUUAAUUACCACUAAAGAUCAGCCCCCCUUCUCUCUCUCUCUCUCUCUCUCUCUCUCUCUCUUUCUUUCUCUCUCUCUCUCUCAGAGACAACAAGCGUUAAGUUCAGAGGGAAGCAAAAAUGUAUACGAACUCUUCAAAACUGAGCCCAUGCAGUCACUUGUAUAUUGCUUUUAACAAUCGUAAGUCAUCAAGAGGAAGCAACCUCCCAUAUCGCCGGUUAAUAAGCAGCAGGAGGAGAAGAUCGUUAAAACAAGCAAAGGAGAAGAAGAUGGCUUUCGUAAAGAAAAAGAUGGAAAUCAAGAACUUGAAACUGUACAUGAAGAACAAAAGCAUCAUAGAAGAGAAUGAGAAGCUAAGAAAGAAAGCUCUUCUUCUCCACCAAGAGAACCAAGCCUUACUAUUUCAGCUCCAAAAAAGGUUCUCUGAAUCCCAUGACCAUCUGCUGGCUGCUCUCAACAACAACCACGUACUAUAAUAUAUCCAUUUUUACCUUAUAUAUAGGUUAGUUAUUCUAUGUAUGCAGAGAAGAUGAUGAGGAAUAGAAAGAAAAGACAGACUAUAGGUUCUUUGAUCUUUAUGAGGAAGGCUUAUAUUUAUUGCUCUUUUAAUCUUUUUCUACCCUAUAUAACUUUCUUUGUUUAACCUAGAAUCUACAAGAUUCACUUGCUUGUCUAUAAGUUGAGAGGAUAUAUUAUUCUAUUUCUUUUAAUA